CAGGUGACCAAACUGUCAGUGACGGUUUAAAUCAUGCUUGAAAUAAAUUUGUUGAAAGUGGAGAACCCGUCCUGUCUGUGGGGUCGGUUUGUGAAGGGUCCAGGGAUAGAAGCGGUCGAGAAUAAAAAAGAAUAUGAUGAUCUGCAAAUGAAAAUGAACCUUUUCUAUCAUGAGGUCAACCUACAUGUGCAGAAGAUCAAACUCUCAACUAUAGAGUCGGGACAGGUGUGUGUGGUGUACUGGUCUGCCCUAAGGAGCUGGUGCCGAGCCAUCGUUGAGUCUCUUUUCCUGGGCACCGUUGGAACCCAGGCCAUGUGUUUCCUAGUUGACCACGGAGAGCGCGUCAUCGUCAACUCAGAUGAGAUUCGGGCUCUGUUAGAUACGUUUUUGCAGCUGCCCUUCUGGGUGAGGAAGUUUCAGCUCGCUGGUGUUCAUCCCAUGACGCUGCACGUGUCUGGAGACUGCCUGGAGAAAGCUGAGCUCAUACCAUCAACGCAAUGGGACAGCUCUGCCACACGCUAUUUGCACAAUCUCUUACAAGCUUCUACUGAGAUGGAGGCAGUGUUGUGUGAAACACAGGCAGAUUGCACUGCCAUUGAGCUCUACUUGACCGUCAAAAAUGUCAAGAUCUGUGUGAACGACGAUCUGGUCUCAAAGAAGUUUGCGUACUUCACAAGCCAGAAGGCCCAUCAAACCAGUGGAAAAAAUGGUGUUGUUGAUAGAUCCCCAGCCGUCUUGGCUUGUGACAUCUUUUCUGAAACUCAGAACUUCCUGGCUACUGACGGCUGUACCGUACGAUCACUUUCUGAUUUCCGGCUCCGGCAGCAGGACCCAAUCGUUCAUAAUCAAGUGUCUGAUCAGUGCCAGCUAACGGCAUCUGUGAAAGAGGCAUCGAAGACUUCCAAUGAGAUAUCAAAUCCAAAGAAAAGCCUAGAAAAUGGAAGAAAUCCCUUAGAGGGAGGAAAAAAGAAGGCAGCGCAGAACAAGAAAUUCAAGACAUUUUCAGAGAUUGAUGGCGACGAAGUCGAGAGGGACGACGAGCCCGGAGAGGAAACCGACAUGUCUCUUGAGUCAGAACUGUCCAGAAAUCUGAAUCUGUUAAGAUUCAAGAAGUUUCUGAAUCCUACUUCGAGCACUCAAAGGGCUGCUAUUCCCAAUACUGAGCUUAUUGAACAGAAGGAGGAACGUGGUGUUCAGAGGAUCUCUGCGGUCACGGAGAAAGCAGAGGAAGAGACGGUCACUGCAGCUCAACAGAUCGGACAACAGACUGAAACGGCUGUAUGUACUCCUAGUGACCUAGUAGACCGGACACAAGAGUUUGUCUUCACAGAGCAGCCAACCAUUGAGGAGGAGCUUGUCUGCGCUCGGUUGUUGCAGUUGCUAAACCCUGACCCUCUGAACACAGAUGUAGGCUCAUCAGAAGUCACUAUCGUCCAUACUGAUCCAAGCAGGAGUGGGAUAAUGGUGCAUUCUGCCUUUACUCUGGACCCCUGCACCAGUCUGGCCAAUGCUCCAAUCACUGACACCUUCCGGAGGAUCUUGAUGAGGAAUAAAUAUGCCGGCCCGUCUGUGGCUGAGAGUUACUGCUGGCCGGCGGUGGCCAGGGGCUGUGACACGGUCCUCAUCUCCCACAGCGGAGACCAGCCCCUCACCUACAUUCCCCCGUUCCUGGCCCACAUGCAGCUCUCCUCCGUCUUCAGCGCCCUCUCUGCUCGCACCGGGCCCAUAGCGGUGAUCCUGUGCCCGGGGUGGGAGAAAGCCCAGACUGUGAUUGACCUGCUGGAGGAGAGCCAGACCUUCCAAGUCCUCCACCCCAUGGUCAUACUGUUGGGACUGGGAAAGGACGAGGCAAAGACUGUUAAGAUAAAGAACGACUGCCAGGUGGUUGUGACCACUCCGUUCAGCCUUGUGCGUCUGCUCCGUUUGCACUGUUUCCUGUUCCUGCGGCUGUGUCACCUGGCGCUGGACGAAGUGGACCUGCUCUUUUCUAGAGCCCCGGACGAGAUGACCAUCAUCCUGCAGCACUUCCAGAGGGUGACAGCCAGCGAGGAGCGUGUGUCGUGCCCCAGACAGAUCAUCGCAGUGGGAAAGCGCUGGAGCCGCCCCCUGGAGGGCCUGCUCCUCAACCACAUGAGCAACCCCACCGUUGUCGUCACGGUGAUGGAGGAGGCCGCACUCUACGGCAAUGUGCACCAGAUUAUCCUGUUGUGUCUGGACUGCACUAAGAUCUCUGUCCUGCUCGGGGCGCUGGACUUCACCCCCGACGUGGCCCAGAAGACCCUCGUCAUCACCAACUCUGCUGAGGAGGCUGAAAAUGUCUUCAAGGCUGUUUCAAACACAUCAGCCUUCUCCCUGAAGGUCCACGAGGAGUUAACCUACCAGUUUGACUUUGUGACUGAGCAGUGGAAGAAGCCCAUUGGACCUGGCACUCAUGUCAUUCUGGUCACCACCAAUGAGUGUAUGAAGUCUUUGGGUAUCUGUGAUGCAACGUGUGUUGUGCACUACGGCUUCCCAAGCUCACCUAAGCUGUUUGGCAGCCGUCUGUUUUGCAUGUCCCAGAACUUCCAGAACCUUUCAGACAAGGAGCGUGCUGCAGAGAGCACGUCUCACCCUGCCAAGUCAGUGCUGCUGCUAUCUGAGAGGAAUGCCCGUCACGUAACCGGGGUCCUGCGCUACCUAAAGCGUACUGAGGCCUCGCUGCCUCCAGAGCUGCUGCACUUCGCCCAGGGAGUCCUGCGGGCCAAGGAGGAACAGAAGUCAGACAAGCCUCUGUGCAGAUACCUCAAGAGCUUUGGCUUCUGCAGGGACAGCAGUGUUUGUUCUUAUCGACACAGCAUCAGCCCCAUAACAGACCAGCCACUGCAACCAGACUCUGGAACUAUUGUGGUUCUGCCCUUGUUCAUCAAGACUGCUUCCGUCUACUACGGACGCAUUGUGAGUAAGAAGGAGGACCGUUAUGAGAGCCUGGCAGCAGCAAUGACUACAUACUACGCCGCUGAGAAGCUGGGUGCUAAGGAGGUUCUGGAGGGAGGGCUGUACGGAGUACAAGAGGAUGAGGUCUACCACAGGGUGCGGGUGACUUCGGUGCCGGACAAGGGUGAGUGGAUGUUCUGCAGCGUGAGGGCUCUUUUCCUGGAUGAGGGGCGUGAGCAGGAGGUGAAAUCCCACCAGCUGCUGCAGCUGCCGGCCCAGUUCCACACACUGCCGCCCCAGGCUUUGGAAAUCAUUGUCUGCAGGGCCAUGCCCAUCGACGCUGAGGUCAAAUGGAACCCCAAGGUCACCAGGGCCAUCAGUCAGAAGAUCAAAGGCCUGCAGCACCAAGCCAAGGUUGUUCUGUGUUUGGGAAACACGGUCUUCGUAGAUCCCAUGGUGCGGAUGACACGACUACCAGGCCUGAAGACCUUCAUAAAUGAAUACAACGUCCACGCUGAGAUCCUGAGCACGGGGAUGGGCACCAGCAACCCUCAGCACCUGGACCUGCUGAAUGAGCUCUGUCAGUGGGCUGGGCCUGGAGCCAGUGCUGUGGAUGCCCCGCUCACCACAGUGCCGGAUGGCUCUGGGGUGACCUUGGAGGACAAGGUGCAGGCUGCAGAGGAGGCCCUGGUCCACAGGAUGAGGGCAGCUGUCGAGCGCUUACACUGUGGCCAGGAGGUUUCUGUAGACCAGCCCCAGACCCAAACGUCUGUGCUUCAUGCCCAGACAGACUUGUCCCAGUGCCGUAUGAAGGCCUCAGCAGAUCUGCACCAGAUGGACCAGAAAGUCUUUGCUCAUGCACCCCAGCCUCGGAUGAACGAUGUCUUUAUAUACCCGUCCCAGCUCUCGCCCAAGCCACAGGAGGCCCCAUUAGCAGCAGUUCCUGAUCCGAGCGAGGCUCAACUACCAACACUCAUGGACAGGACCCAGAUACCUUCCCCUCUCCCAACACCUAGCGAAGCCCAGAUAUCUGCCCCACUCCCAUCAACUAGCGAGCCACAGUUACCUGCCCCAACAACUGAGCACAACGACCCCAAAAUGGAGCAGUGGAGGAGCCUCAUUGCUAACCUCCAAGGCGCCACACAAACAGGGAGGCAUACAGCUCUACAAGGAUUCACCCCCAAAGACUGGAUUUCUGCAGUUCCCCGCCCCAUUGAAAAUGGUCAUUUGAUCGAUGAGAAGCAAGUCAACGGCCAGCAAGUCAACAGUGAGAAAGUCAUCAGUGUUGUCAAGGUUGAUGUGGAUGCACCAAAAAGUUUCCAUCCACAGAUCAAGUGGUUCCAGAGAGAUGACACAGUCACACUGAACAUAAAACUCAGAGAACCAGUGGAUCAGAGAUGUGAAUUCUUCCCUGACAGAGUGGUGUACAGUGCGUGUGUGAAUGACAGGCCUUAUCGUGCUGACCUGGAGCUCCACAGUAACAUCACUGCAGAGAGGUGCUCCUGGGAGAUGAAGUGCAAUGAGCCAGUCAUCAGGCUCGUCAAACAGGAGAGGGGAGACUGGAAGAUGCUCCUCAAGCAAAAGAGUGCUUUUGUUAGUUUGGAUUUCGACCGAUUUGAGGAAGAUGAAAAGAAGACUUCAAAUGGUCUCUGCUUUGUGGGGCACACUGGGGAGGAAGGCUGCUACGUGAGCUCAGACAGUAGCGAUGACUGACUGCAGACAGACGGCCCUCAUCGAUCCUCCCUCCAAUCAUCAACUGAGAAGAACCUAGUGCCAAUCCCCCCCAAAAUACAUAAAUUCAGCCAGUUAACUAUUAUACACUUUUCGUUCAUGUCUACUUGAAGGACACAUCUCUUUGGCUAUUUUAGCACAUUUCAUAUGACAAUUCCAUGUUUUCAGGUUUAUUGUUUAAAGAUUUUUUGAUGUUAAGCUAUCAGACUCCACACAAGUGAAUUGAGAAUAAUGAUGGAGUAUUCAAAUCUGUUAAGACAAUGGUACAUCAAAGUACUUACUACUUAGGAAUUGACAAACUAGCAGAUACCCAUGACGUCCAGUCAUUGUGUUAACGCUAGUUAGAAUUGGCUUGCGAAACACCCUUUAACUUCCUUCAUACUGGACACAGAUAUAACAAUGAUAUCCUCCAGUUCAUAUGACUCUGGGGAAGUAGAUAAAGGGCCUCAUUGCCAAAAUCCUGAAGUUUUUUUAAAAAGUAUGUUAAAAAGCAGCUUUCCUGUGUUAGAAUGAUGUGGGCGUACCUCAACAACAGAAUGGUGUGGGCGUACCUCAACAAAAGAAUGGUGUGGGCGUUUACCCGUCAUAAAAAAUAUUCAAGCAAGUAGACUGCUAAUUGGCCAGCUCAUCAUCCUCUAUGAAGAAAUGGAAGGCGUUUCUGAAACUGUCUGUGUACGCAUAUACACACAGAGUGGAGUAACACCCACAUUAUCAGACUGUACAUUCCAAUUUAUGCUUUGGCCACAUGAGUAUAGGAUGAGUUAACAAAAUUAUUUGGGUAAGAGUUAACUGAACUUUUAAGUGAGAUUUUGACUGGACAAUUACAAUAAGCGUUUUCACACAUAGUUGUUGGCUAAAACGCGAAUCAGUUUUAUUAUAGGUUUAAGUUACGUUCAAUUUCAAGAAAACAGUCCUUGUUUUCAAGCAUGUGUCUACUUGACACGUGUCUACUUGCUGCCCUGUCACUUGUUUUGGCAUACAGCUGAGGGAUGGGGCUAGUAAAAUGUAACCCCUCAAAUUCUAAGCCUGCGUUCAAGGUGCAAGGACUAACAGUAUAUAUGCCAUUUACCAGACGCUUUUAUCCACAGCGACGUAGUCAUGCAUGCUUCGUGCGUCAUUAUUUUACGUAUGAGUGGUCCUAGGAAUUGAACCAACUAUCCUGGUGUUGCAAGAGACAUGCUCUACCAACUGAGAGGAACAGUCCAUGACAUCCAAGCUAUACAUUGUUUGUUUACAUUAUUGACAGUCUUCUAUGCUAGAAAUGAACCUUUCAGCAGUACAAUGACGUUCCAAGCUAAAUAUGUAAACACCCUUACGAAGUGUGGCGUGGGUUGUGUAGUAAAAAAAUUUAAACACUUGGAAUUUCUCUAAAUUAAAUGGAUAGUUUAUCUAAUCAAGCUAGCUGUAGCAAAAGUAAACAAUGGAUUAUCGUGGAUGCUGUCACUUCAGAGAGGUAUAGAACGAUUGACGUUAUAUUAUACUCAAGGUUUUCUUGAGCUCAUUCAUCCUCCUCUCCCCUGUAACUAUUCCCCAGUUGUUGCUGUAAAUGAGAAUGUGUUCAGUCAACUUACCUGGUAAAAUAACGGAGAAUUCUUUUUUUUGGGGGGGGGGUUCCCAUUCUUG